UACGGUGGCAGCCCAGCAUUGCGGUGAUCACGGGUGUUCCAAUUAAUGAUAGCGUGCAAUCGCGGCGAUUUCGGGUGUUCGCCGAACACGGCGGUCAGUAGCGUGUCCGUCCCCUCGAAACGUCACCCAACUGGAAAAGUGAACACUGCGGACCGGCGUUUUUGUUUAAGUACAAGACUGUCUGAGAGGAACGUGAUAGAGAUAGUGGCAGGGCUGAUAGAGCGAGGCUUGCUGGAAGUGAUCUACACAGUAGACGGGAAGGAGUACAUCACACCACAGGAGCUCAAGAAGGAGAUCAAGGAAGAACUGCUCGUUCAUGGAGGGAUGUAG